CCCCGCGAAACGGCGUGCGCAACGCCACCAGCCAGCAGCCGCAGGGAAAGGGAAAGCGAAGCGAAGCGCGCGCCACAAGGACAAGCACAAGCCUUCCAAGAACAGAGCAAGCAAGGAGACGAAGACGACGGCGAGGAGAGAGCGGGCGAGGGCGAUGGGGAUGAGCCUUGCGCAGGCGGUGGCGGCGCUGGUGGGCACGUGCGCGCGGCGGCUGUCGCGGGCGGCGCGGCGGCUGCACCACCUGCGCCCGCCGCGGGACGGGAUCGCGGCGUCCUUCUCGUCGCGAGCCAUCGUGCCGUUCCUCGGCGGCGGCGGCAGCGGAAGCGUCAAGAAGCCGCUCUCCUCCUCCUCGUCGUCGUCUUCUUCGUCCAAGUCGAAAAGGAGGAGGAGGAAGGCGUCGUCGGCGGCAAAGGAGGAGGCGGGGGACGGGGUGUGGAGGAAGGAGAUCAUGAUGGGGGAGCGCUGCCAGCCGCUGGACUUCUCCGGGGUCAUCUACUACGACGCCGACGGCCGUCGCCUCGCGCAGGCGCCGCCGCCGCGCUCGCCGCUGCGCAGCCCGCUUCCGGCAUCCAUGAAGCUCGCCGCCAACGCCGGCGCCGCGUACUAGCUAGGGAGGAGUGCCUCUGUUUUCUCCCCUGCUACUACUAGUGUACAUGAUGGUUUUCUUGCCCGCUGCUCUGUCUGUUUUCUUCUUCUCUUUGGCGUUGGUACGUGCUUGCUAUUAAUAAUGGCUUGUGUAGUGAUUAGUGAGGGCCUCUCCUAAAGUUUCGAGAUGCUUAACUUGCUUUUACCCAUACGUGUGAGCUUCGCCCUAAUCUCAUACGAUGUUUUCUUCAACCGCUCAACUUGUUUUCUCGUUUCGGAGGUCCUAUUCAACAAUUCAGUUUUGCUACUACUCCAAGGAAACAUCACCUACGGAAUAUGCUUGCGUUGUUUUUUUUCAACA